CUGAUAUAAACAAACAGUAUGGCGGCUGCUGGCGAGAGCUUGACGCCUGCGGGAGAUAUGUCGCCGCUCCAACAGGCUGAGGAGGCUGUUGCUGCCCUCUAUGAUUUUCGAGACCACUACUUUGAGAGACAUAGUUUAGAAGAAGCAGCACUGAAAGUUGAAGAGCUAAAGAAACAACUUGAUAAUGUCAUGCAGCUUCUGGAUUCAAUAAAUGAUCAAGUAGACAACAAAUCGGUCUACCUUAUGCUGCGUGGAAAGGCCUUGAAUGUGAUGCCUCAGUUUGACCAAGCCUCCCUGGAUGCUCUGUCCAAAGCAGUCAAGCUGGAUCCCAAGUUGGUAGAGGCUUGGAACCAUCUCGGGGAGGAAUACUGGAAAAAUAAGGACGUGGAGGCAGCAAAGAACUGUUUUUUAGGAGCACUAAAUCAUUCCAAGAACAAAGUUUCCUUGCGUAAUUUGUCCAUGGUACUUCGGCAGUUAGGAAAGGAUCCUGCAGAAAGAAUAAAACUUGUAGAAGAAAGUGUAGAGAAGGCCAAGGAAGCUGUCCAGUUAGACAUCAAAGAUGGAACGUCAUGGUUUAUACUUGGCAAUGCCUACCUCUCCAUGUUCUUUGCUGAAAACCAAAAUCCAAAAGUGCUCAAACAGUGCAUGAGUGCCUAUGCCCAGGCUGAGAAAGACAGUGUUGCCAAUUGUAAUUCAGAUCUCCACUAUAACAGAGCAAUAGCAUACAAGUAUCAAGAGGAGUACCAGCUGGCAUUGGUUGGGUUUGCCAGGGCUGCUGCUCUGGAUCCUCUGUGGCCUGACCCACAGGAAAAGGAACAGCAACUGGUCAGCUAUCUGACCAAGGUCCAGGAUAUGGUGGACACCAAGGGUAAAACCAAGGGGAAGAAGCUCCAAACAAUGAUCUCCGAAAUCUCAGAAAAUCACUUGGGUGUUUACAAGGGUGGCUCAUACACAAGUCAAUCUGGAAAGACAAUAGAUCUGGCGUAUGUGAUGCUGCAGGACCUCAGUCAAGAGAUCAACCCUGGGAAAGUGGUGCUGGGCAAAGUGGUGUGCACAGUCACCACUGAGGAACCGGUGCCAUUCACAUUCUGCAUGGUUGAUUCUGCAGACACCUGCUGUGCCGUGACUCUGUACAAUGUAGCGCCUGGUUACGGAGUGAAAAUAGGAGACUCAGUGGCUAUACCUGAGCCCUAUGUGCAGUCUUUAGAUGUGCAGUAUGGAGAUAUGACAUUCCACUAUCUCAGUAUACGUGUAGACAGCCCAGUAGUUUUGGUGGUCAAUGGAAGGAAACUUGGCCUGGACAAACAAGCCCCUUCAGUUCUGGGUGUCAGUGCUAAGAGUGAAUGACCCCACAACAGACUGUACUAUCUCAUCUGUUUAAUAUAGAAAUGGAGAGGAGAGAGGGAGAAUUGCAGAGAAAAAUACAAUCUCAAGAUGCAGCAAGCUGGGUUACAUUCAUGGUAGAAAAUUUAGAAUGGAGUGGUUUCAGUUCUGUGUGGAAGUGUUUUAAUACUUAAAGAGAGUGACACAACACAGUUCAAUAGUUGUUAACAGAAGCAGCACUGGAGUUUGCAAAUGCUGACGGAGGGAGAACAGGGUGGACAGAAGCAGUCUUCAGGGGCAUUUUUCAUGGCAUUUUAUUACAUGUACCAAUUUGGUAGAAGCACUUCUGUGUUUGUAUGUAAAACUAGACCAUCAAGUGACUUAGAUAUGCCUCCCUCCACUCUCCACAUUUCUUAGAGUCUGAGUGCAAAGUUCAAAUCUAAUGGGAAUUCGGUUUUGAAGAACGCUCACCUUCAGCUUUGGGCAUCAACAAGUGUCAUUGGCUACCUAGAUGGUCUCAGUCUGUAAUCAGACACAUUGAACACACACCAACUGGUCCGUGUAAUUCUACUGUCUCAUUUGUCCCAAUGUCUACAAUUGGGGAUAUGAUUUGGGAGAUUAGAUAGUCUUAUUGGUGAGCUAAUCAAGUCCAGAGAAGGAUCGCCAGUAGUUUUUCCCCCCAACUAUCUCCACUGGUGUGUAAAUAAAAAUGUACAUUCUGUACAAAUAAACUUUUAUUCCAUUUUUAAAUGUGUUCAGGUUGUCUUUUUAUUAUGUAGUAAACUGCACUUGCCUUUCAUUGGUGCAGCACCAGAUAUGUUGGUAACUAUUUAAAAAAACCCUUUCUAUUGACAUAAGGAUUGUUGGGUAAAAAAGCAUAGUGCAAGAGGCAUGUGUAACUUUCAUGGAAUAAAGUAGUUUAUUUCAACAGCAAGUGGACCUCAGUCUUAUCUUCCAUGUAUUAUGGUCACGGUGAACAGUUUCAGCCACCUCUCACCUAAACUCAGCUGUAUGUGCUGUUUGUUGUGUUUUGAUAUGACGUCAUCACUUUGUGUGAACGCAGCUGAGUCGGUCAGCCAUAUUGAAUCUAAAUAAAGCUAAGCAGCACUUCCAAAGCACGUUAUUCCUUUGUUUAUAUGUUUGUAUAAAGAUACGGAACAUAACAAUAAGUUGCUCAUCCUAAUGCAAGCUGUCUUCCAGAAUACUCUUCCAUUAUCUACAACUGUGCCAAAUUUCAUGCUUGUUGGUAAAAAAUGCACAAUUCACCCUUUUUUCUGCACCAAAUUCUUGGACUACUUGCCAGUUGGGCAGUUGGGUUUACAAGUGGGCACAUUUCAGUGUUAACCAAUUAAAAUAUUUUCAAACUUUUCAAUGUUUACAGUAACCAGCUUCAUGAUCAGAGUAUAACAGUCUUCCAAAACAUGACUGCUCAAAUACAUGCAAAGUUUGCAGGUCAAUUAAAAAUUGUGUUUCCUGUACAUGAUGUUUAGGAGUCCUUCAAUAAACAUGCAGUAAUCUUUUAAUAAAAAAAAAAAAAAAAAAA